AUGUCACUAGAAUCACAUUACCCUUCCGAUUGUCCAUUCUGUCGUAUAAGCGAAGCCUAUCCUUCAUCAUCUGGCUCUCCCAUCCCCUCGGCCCCCGACCCGACUCUUGUGGAUCCCAAUGCCUUCGUCAUCCUGUCCUCUGACCAUAUCCUUGCAUUCUUGGACAUCCUACCUAUGACAACAGGCCAUGUUCUACUCACUACGCGCGUACACCACGAGAAACUCAGUGAGGUGCCCAUCGGGCCAACCGCCCAGGCCCUGGGAUACUGGAUGCCACUAAUGUCGCGCGCACUUGCCAAAACACUGGAUAUUGAGGACUGGAACGUCGUACAAAACAAUGGCGCUCGUGCCUCGCAGGUCGUCCCGCAUGUGCAUUUCCACUUCAUCCCUAGAUAUCCUGAUGGCCGCAAACCGCCAUCAAAGAAGUCCAAGGGUGACACCUUCGAAGUCAAGAGCUGGAAGAUGUUUGGUAGAGGUCAGAGAGAAGAGCUGGACGAAGAGGAAGCGGUUGCAUUAGCCCAGAAUAUCAGAGAAGCCUUGAAAAGAGAAGUAGAGGCUUUGCAGAAGGACACCGUCAAGCUGUGA